UGAGUGGGACGCUCAUGCCCCUUUAAGACAGAAAGUCCGUUGGAACCGUCGGCUGCUCUCUGGUCUCUGGAGAUGAGGCGGGAGGACUUGGGGACAGCUGUGGGGACACGGCCCAGAUGCUCUGGUCCCAGCAGAAGUGACUGGCGCGGACCAGGAUGCUGGAGGGUCAGCUCGAGGCCAGGGAGCCCAAGGAGGGCACCCACCCAGAGGACCCGUGCCCGGGAGCUGGGGCUGCCAUGGAGAAGACACCUGCAGCAGCCGAGGUCUCCAGGGAGGAUGGCAAUGCCGGGGAAAUGCCGUCAUUACAGCAGCAGAUCACGAGACUCCACCAAGAGCUCGGGAGACAGCAGUCACUGUGGGCUGAUGUUCACAGAAAACUCCAGAGUCAUAUGGAUGCCUUGAGGAAGCAGAACCGGGAGCUCCGAGAAGAGCUGAGAGGUCUGCAGCAGCAGCAGUGGGAAGCCGGGAAGAAACCUGCAGCGUCCCCACACGCGGGGCGAGAAUCACACACUCCGGCAUUGGAACCUGCUUUUGGAAGAAUUUCACCUCUGUCAGCUGAUGAAGAGACAACGCCCAAAUACGUUGGCCGCAAGAGUCAGAGUGCCACUCUCCUGGGACAAAGAUCGUCAUCUAACCACUUUGCUCCUCCAAAGCCAAUGAGUUUAAAGACAGAAAGAAUUAACUCGGGGAAAACACGACCACAGGAAGAUAGAGAGAAGAGUCCUCCCGGGAGACGUCAAGACAGAAGUCCAGCACCCACUGGAAGGCCGACUCCCGGUGCAGAAAGACGGGGGGUGUCUGAAGACGGCAAGGUUAUGCAUCCAUCUUCCCGAAGUCCUCAAAACUCCAAUGGCAGAAAAUCACCAGCGCAGGCUUCCCAGGCCGCCACGCUGCAGGAGCAGACGGCAGCAGCGGGAGGAGCUGACAGAAGCUCAUCAGUCUUAGGGAGUUCUGAAGGCGAGUUUCUCAGCCGCGUUCAAGCUGACGAGUUAGCCAGUUCUUCCCCAAACAGUGCAGAGCUGCAGGUAGAAAAAUUCUACCCCAAUGGCUCCAAAGAAAUCGUGUUUCCCAAUGGGACAGUGAAACAUCUCAAGGAUGGACAGGAAGAGACCUUAUUUCCUGAUGGGACAAUCGUAAGGGUGGAAAGGAACGGCGGCAAAACCAUUGUGCUCAGCAACGGGCAGAAAGAAAUCCACACAGCCCAGUUCAAGAGGAGGGAGUACCCGGAUGGCACCGUCAAGACUGUGUAUUGCAGCGGCUGUCAGGAAACCAAGUAUGCCUCCGGGAGGGUUAAGAUCAAAGAUGAAGCUGGAAAUGUCAUCCUGGAUGAGAAGCAGAUGAGCCCUCAACACGCAGCAUCACAUGGGAAAUGCCAAUUGCAGAUUUUUGCUAAAACAGACAAAAACUAAUAACAUAUUAGCUGCCCUAAAUGAUCUUGGAGAGCCACCAAAACUUUAGGACUACCCAAGUCAUCUAGAAAUUGCAAAGGAAAAGACAUUCUCUCCCCUAUUUAGGAAACUUGGUUAGAGCAGCACCCGUCAGAGAACAGAAGGCUCACAAAAGAACGAUUUCUUGUCUUCUGCUAGCUUUUGAAUAUUUUGCUCUUGCUUCUCUAGUUCUUUUAACUGUGAUGUUAGGGUGUCAAUUUUAGAUCCUUCCUGCUUUCUGAUGUGGGCAUUUAGUAUUAUAAAUUUUUCUCAUAACACUG